AUGUCCGCCCCGGGCCCCUCGUCCGUCCCGACCUCGGCAGACCCUCGCUCCCGCCGGCCCACCAAGAAGCGCGCCCUGACUCCCACCUCCGCCCAGGCCGCCUCGGUCGACGCCCUCUUCGCCAAGCCCGACCAGGAGAUCCGCAUCCCCUGCUCCUCCUCCUCCUCGUCCGCCUCGCUCAGGCGCCCCCGCCACCUGCCGCCCGAGAUCGUCGCCAACGUCCAGGGGUCCAGCGCCGGCGCCGGCUCCGGCGAGUUCCACGUCUACAAGGCCUCCCGCCGGAGGGAGUACGAGCGCCUGCGCCAGAUGGACCUGGACCUCAGGCGCGAAAAGGACCAGGAGGAGUUUGAGCGGGACAAGACGGCGCGCCUCGAGCGGGACGCGGCCAAGACGCGCAAGAACCGGGGGCGCAGGGACAGGAUCAAGGCCCGCAAGGCGAAAACGGACCAGGGGGUGGCGGGUGCGGGUGCGGGUGCGGGUGCGGAUGACGGGCGCCAAGGGCACGACGACGCGCCUGGUGCCAGCGCGCGUGCCGGUGAUGCUGGUGAUGCUCGUGAUGCUGGCCCUGGGGCUCGUGCGCCCCCGGCUGCGGGGGGUAACGGCGUCCACGAGGCCUCCUCGGCUGACGACAAAGGACGGCGUUUACCAGCAACCCCUGGUCUGGUCAUUCAUGACGAAGAUUGA